GACACGGUAAGUUGUUUUCUGCUUCUAAAUGGGAGGGAGUGUGUUUUAAUGGCUUAAUAGAGUUAAAAUGUGUUUAUUUGUGAAGACAUUUAAGGGCAAUUUUGCCUGCCUGAUUCUAAAUAGCAUUUAGUGGCUGCCAUUGCAGUCCACUCAAAGUAUUUAAAACUGUCAUUUCUCUUUUCAGCUUGAAUAUAAAAUGACUCCGCCAAAAUCCCCGGGAAUUUGCCCAAUAUGCCAAAUCCCGUACAACUACUUAGGCAAACAUCUGGCGAGCCGGCACUCCAUCGUGAAUAAAAAAGAAAAAAGAAUUUUGAUUAACUAUGGGACAGGGAGGGUAAAUUUCCGCCACUUGCCCUGUCCCAUUGUGGCAUGUGGCUAUUCAAAGAGCAGGGUAGAUAGGCACCUGGACACAGGCCAUCCCGAGGUGGACGAUGGAGAACUCCAGAAAAUUAUUAAAAAAAUUAAAAAACAGGUGACCAUGGAUGCCUUAAGGGCCCUCAGGGCUACUGACCCCACCCCUCCUCUGGUCUCAGGCCUGGACCUCGGACAGGAGGAAAAUCAGCCAGGAACUGAGGUGUCCAAGCCGGAUCCUCCAACCUGCCCCAGCUGCUCUAAAAUGGCAGAAGAAAACAGGAGGCUUUGGAAGCAGCUUCGGACAAAAGAGAAGUGGCUAAAAAAGGCAAAAGCUAAACUCCACGCAUUUGAAACGCAGGCCCUCCAAAAGACGAGCGGUGGGGGGCCUGUCGAGGCAGACCAGGGGUCAUCCGAACAAGUGGACCCCCCAGAAGAUGAGGAUGAAGACUCAUCCUCUGAGGAGCCAAAGAAGGCUGCAAAAUCGCGAUUCCCAUUGAGGGGAUUCAAAGAUUUUCCUCAACCCAUCCUGGAGUUCAUGGAGGAGUACUGGUUACACUUGAGGGGGUCCAUCGGGACCAAAAAACACGUGGAAAACCAGAAGUCCAAAUUGGGACGGGUAAUGUCCUUCCUUAGAUUUGUGAACAAGGGAAGGACAAUACUCCCCAAUUGGACUUUUCUGCAGGACCUUGAUCGAGUUCAUCAGUGGCCGGCGAAGCUCCUCAGAGAGGGGAAGGCAGAAAACACCACUAGGAAUUACCUCCUGAAUGUGAUGGAGUUCGCGGGCUACUUUCGGGACACGCCACCAAGCACCUCGCGUGUCCCGAAAAAGGCAGUGAUUGGCCUCCUAAGAGCAGUGUCCGCUGAUAUUAAACAGCUUAGAAAAGAUGUCAACGUCCGCCAGAUGUUGGUCAAAAAGCGUAAGAUCAGAAGGGUGAUUGCCAAGGAGGACCUCAGGAGGUGUCAGAGGCAGGCGUGCAGGAAAAUCCCCCAACUGCUCGACACCAUCCAGACUGACCCCAGCUCACUCAACAUACGCCGGUUCUAUGGCUACUUUAGCAUAUACCUCGCCAGUAUAUAUGGCCAUAGAACCGGCGUGUUGACCAAUAUGACCCUGGCCGAAGUGGACGAGGCCCGGGUUGACGCCAGGACCGCAGACCAGGGCUUUGUCAUUAACGUGAAAGAGCACAAGACAAAUCGGGCUUUUGGGCCAGCCCAAGUGUACCUCACAGUGGAGGAGUUUGGAUGGCUGGAGCAGUGGCUCCAAAUAAGGGAAACCCUUCAGCCAUCCACUGACCUGGUAUUUUUCAACGAGAACUACCAGAAGAUCAAGAACCUACAACAACACCUCCAGAGCGCAUGGGCAGAAAUGGGGUUCUCAGGUUCCCCCACAUUUACAGAUUUUAGGACCUCGAUAGCAACAUAUGCUAGAGAUGCAUUGUCCCCGGGAACCCGGACAAAGGUCAGCAAAACGAUGUGCCAUGACACCGCCACAGCGGAGAAAUUCUACGCAAUGCACCAGACAGCUACACAGCUGUCUGAGCUGCGUAAGAGGUUCCAGGAGGCUACGGACCCGGCAGUCUCAGGUCCCGGGAAAGUGGCGGAGCCUGUCAUCCUGGAGUCUUCCAGUGAUGAGGGAGAAGGCGAGGGUCCUGUGAAGAAGAAGAGGAGAGUAGCACCCAGGGUUGGUUCCACAAGCCAGGAGUCCCCAGAGGCCAGGGCAGAGUCCACGGAGGCCCAGGCAGAGUCCACGGAGGCCCAGGCAGAGUCCACGGAGGCCCAGGCAGAGUCCCCAGAGUCCCAGGCAGAGUCCCAAGAUGAGUCCCAGGACGAGUCCCAGGACACACAGAGGAAAAGGGGCCGACAAAGUCUGUCAUUCACACCAAAAAGAAGCCCCUUAAUGCUAUACAGGUUGCGGGAGCGACAGCGGCGGAGCACACCGCGUGUGUUUCGCCUGAGGGCCAGACAAAGAAAGUUCCAAUAAUUAUUUAUUUAUUGUUCUUUGUAAUAUAGUUAUUUAAUUCUUGAUAAUGGUGUUAUAUUUUUUGUAAAUAAAUGUAAAUAUUGUUUAA